UACACCACACACACCCCCUCAACCUCAAAUCAAAGGAAGACGGUUUAUAUCAGUUACCUGACAUUUAGAGUUUUAGAUUUUCUUCCUGACAACAUCAGCAUCCUUGGAUUUUUAACAGCUGAACUUUGAAGUGGAUGAAGAGAAAAUGAGUGCAGUGACUGAGUCGCUCUGCUGCAUUCUGCUGCUUUUUGUCUGUGUGUUUGCAGACCAGAAAAACAUCACUGCUGUGUCUGGACAGGACGUCACUCUGAUAUGUCGAGCUCCAAACAACAAAAGCAUUAUAGUUGUAGAGUGGAGCAGACCUGACCUGGAUUCAAAACAUGUCCUUUUGUACCGGGAUGAGCAGUUUGAUCCAGAAGAGCAGCAUCCAUCUUUUAAGAACCGAGUGGAUCUGCAGGACAGACAGAUGAAGGAUGGAGACGUGUCUCUGAUUGUGAAGAAUGUGACGAUUAAUGACACUGGAACAUACGAGUGUCGUGUUGCCGUAAGUCCAAAAAGAGCUCUUUUGAAGACCUACCCCAUCAACAGCAUCUACCUGAGUGUUGUUGAUCCUCCAGGUCAGACAGGAGGACACACAGAGGAUGGAUCUGUUGGACUGAAAGUUGGUCUGCCACUUUUAGUUGUGCUACUUAUUGCUGCUGCUGUUGUUGUUUUUUGAUAAAGAACAAGGUCCGGAUUUAUACCAAUCUGGGCACGCAGUAGAGAAUGAGCUGUAGACUUCAAUCAUGUAAAAUGUGUUUCAUUUCUGUCAAACUUCCUGUUUUGUUGUGUUUGUCAGUGGCUGUGUGAGCUUCAGUGUGUUCGUGUGUGUAUUUUGUUUCAAGAUGCUGCUUAAUCUUUAACAAUGCUCUGUAGUCAAAAUGUUCAAAAUGAUUCGAAGGUUUUCUUUUUUAAAUAUGUUCAGAAAGUGUGUGGAGGUAAUAACUGGAGAUUAAGUAUCGGAAUCUCAAAAGCAGGAUCACGCCUCCAACACACUCCUUCCGGUUCUCAUCUAGAUAGGUUCCCCCAGUUCUGCAAGCUGUUCAUUCUCAUUUACGUGCCUCACCCUCCCUUCCUCAAUUCUGUAACUUCUUCACUUCUAUUUAGUACAUGGGAAUCUGCCAGGCCCGGGAGCUGACGCCAAACCACUUCAAGGCCUUCCACAAACCGCAGCUCAAUUCAUGUCCAAGAAUUCACCUAUACCUACUAAAACGCAGUCAAACCUAAAGUGAGGACGUGGGCCCAGCUAGUGAAAUUAUGUUUUUUAAGUUAUGGAUGGCGGUGUUCCAGUUUGACCUCAUGGUGGCAGCUUUGUGUCUCUAUCAUAAUGCUGCUGUAUGUGUUUGAGCUUUAAAUCAGCUGAGAUCCUUUGAAUCUACCAUUGUCUGUGCUUUGCUCCGUUAUCCAUGAAUAUUUCCUGACUUCCCCUCACCCCAACCAGUCGCAGCAGAUUAUUGUGCCUCUCUGGUUUUGUUGGAGGUUUCAUCCUGUUUGAAGGAAGGUUUUUCCUACCCACUGUCAUCCAACGCUUGCUCACAGUGUGUCAUCUGUUUUUUGGGGUUUUCUCUGUACUGACUGCUGUUGCGAUUUGGUUCUCUAUAAAUGAAUAAAAUUGAAUUGAA